CCGAACUCCUUUCCUUCCCUCCCAUCGCCGAGAUAGAGAAGACCACCCUAAAGAGAAGGGAAGACAGAUCGAUAGAGAGGGAAAAGAGAUGACAAUGGCUUCCGGCAGAGCCAUCUUUGCACUGAUAUUAGCAUCCGCUCUUGUGGCUGAUGCUGACACCGAGCAUGGAGCAGUUAUGUUCGGAUACAGUGGACCAACUGGCCCUGACAAAUGGGCAAGCUUGAGCCCUGACUAUGAAAUGUGCUCAAAAGGAGAACGCCAAUCUCCAGUCAACAUUGAUAAGAAUGUGGUAGCUUAUAACCCGGGUUUGGAAGCUCUAAAGAGGGAUUAUGUUCCUGCAAAUGCCACCCUUGUUAACCAUGGUUACCACGUUGCGCUGCUAUUUGAUAAAAAUGUAGGGACCGUGCUGGCAGAUGGAAAGAACUACAACCUGGAAUCUGUGCAUUGGCAUUCACCUUCUGAGCACACCAUUGAUGGUCGACGAUUCCCAGUGGAGCUUCACAUGGUCCACAAGAGCGACAAUGGAAAAAUUGCAGUAGUGGGAAUUCUGUAUCAGUAUGGCCGUCAUGACCCCUUCCUUGUCCAGAUACAGAAGCAGCUAAAGGAAUUAGCUAACGAGACCUGCAAAGGAGAUGAAGAGGCACGCAUUCCGGUUGGAGUUGUGAAUGCAAGCGCCCUGAAACGCCGCAGUAGAAAGUACUACAGGUAUUUUGGAUCCCUCACCACACCGCCAUGCACCGAGAAUGUCAUCUGGAGCAUCCUUGGCAAGGUAAGACAGAUGACCAAGGAACAAGCAGCUGCUCUGCAAGCACCUCUGCAUCAGGAGUACCGAAACAAUUCAAGACCUACACAACCAUUGAAUUACAGGGCUGUGGAGCUCUAUCAUGAAGCAAAGAAGCAUGAUGAAAAGUCCAACUAAUCUCAUGAUGCUUGUAAUGUUGUGAGACAUAACAUGCAUCAUUCUUUUCUAUGAAUGAAGAAAUAGCAUGCAUCAUUUUAUCCUAUGAAUGAAGAAAUAACAUGCAUCAUUAAUUUAUUCAUCAUGAUACAUACAAUUACAUCAAAAAAAAAAAAAAAUCAUCAUACAUACAAGGGUACUAUAUAGGUAUAAAUCAGGAUCCUUCUUUGAGGACUAGUUUAUUUUAGGUUCUUACAUGGACUACUUUUGGAAUGAUGUACACUCCAGAGUUCAAUAAUUUUUGAUCCAAAUGGAUUAGCGUCUCUUCAUAUGUAACUUAUAAUACAUUUUGCUGUCAGUAAUAAAGCCUUGACUUUGGCUCUAA